UGCGAGGGUGAAGACGGCAGAUCUCCAGGAAGACAAGAACAAGGCUGUUGUGGAGAUAUAUGAAUGUAAAGUAUGUAACAGAAAAUUCUCGCAGGUUGGCAACUUUCACAACCACAUGAAACUUCACAGCACCAAGGUCUGUGUUUGUGGUAUCUGUAAGAUAGAGUUCCUCGACAGUUACGAGUUACAGCGUCACAUGCGUAAGACACACACAGGAGACAUGCCUUAUAAAUGCGAACAGUGCGACCGUGAGUUUAGUCAGUACAACAACCUGCGACGACAUCUCCGUGUACACAACGGCAAGUCCUAUAAAUGUCACAUCUGUGGACGUACCUUUAACGAAGUGUUUUACUUAGAGAUGCACAUCGGGUCUCACACAGGUGAGCGUACCUACAGCUGUGGGGUGUGUAGUCUAUCCUUCCGCGAUAAUGCUGAGCUUCAACGACACGUACAGACACAUAGUGCCUCAGAGCUUCAUACCUGCGAGGUUUGUGGGAAAUCCUUCAGUAAAGCCUGUGUGUUAAGGCAACACAAGAAGAUGCACUCCGGCCUCCGCCCCUUUAAGUGUGACAUUUGCGAUAAGGCCUUCAUUCAUCGUCAUCAUCUGAAGAUACAUUCACGAAUGCACAGCACUGAUAAGCCAUACCGAUGUAAAAUCUGUGGGAAAGAUUUCGCGCAGACAAGUCACCUGUACAAGCAUGUCCGACAACAUGCACAGAAAACUGGCGAAGACGACUCUGAUGUUUGUACACAGGCUGAAAUCCAGGCCUUGUACCCAGCACUCUGUCAAGGAUCGCGAGGAACUCCUAGUCCUCUGGCUGGUGUCAGUGAUAUAUCUCAGUCAUCCGGCUCCCCUGUCAACAGUCCCGCCACAGAGGGGGAAUGUAAUGAUGUUCCCUCAGGGAGGUCGCCCAGUGUAAAAGAUAUGUCUGAUAUCAAGGGAGAUAAUCGAGGUGAUGAUUUAAAUGUCAAGUCAGGUGGGAAAUAUGAAGAUGUUCCUAGAAACAUGGCAGCUGUUGGCUGUGAUGACACUUACAAAUUUGAUGGUGGUGAAGGUUUGAAUCCAAAUGGAGUUGGAGAAGAACCAAUAGAAAGGCAGCUGAAAGAUUUGAAACGUCAGGAAGAGAGCACUGCAUCUGAUACCAUGGACUCGGAUAUUGAUACUGAGUCAGGAGAGUUAUCUCCCCUUGAAAAUGAACGACAGCACAACUACAGACAGUUUGACAUCACAGAUGGUGUGUCAUCCAGGGGAGAUAACCAUCUCGAUUCAACAGACUUUUCGUAUAAAAACUCAUCUGGACAAAACCCUGUUGAUAGUAACAUACCUACAUGUGAAGAUUUCUCUAAACAUAUUAAAGAAGAAUGCAGACAGAUGUCACAAAGUGUGGAUGACAUUAAAGUUGACCAUCGACUUAGAGUCAAAAUGGAGGAUGUUGGAGUCCUCUCUGAAACAUCACAAGAGGAAAACAGAGAGCCACAUGAAGGCAGUGUAAAACCAAAGUAUUCUAUCGAACAUCUUCUUAAGGAUCCUUCUGAUCAGAAACAGUACAACAGUAUUGGAAAGAAAUUUCUGAGCAAGGAACCAUAUGAUAAUGUGGACGAGUCAGAACUUUAUGACAGAAAGUGUCCUAGUAGUAAGAUUGGAUUGGGCCUACAUCAGGAGACUGGUCACGAAAUGACUCCUGAUCAACAUCACAAUGGCUACUCCAAUAAAUCAAUAAUCACUGAAUCUCGUGUGAAAAGCCCAUCUAGUCAACAGCCAACAGACUCUUCAAAUCCACCAUUUAAUCCAUCACAUCCAUCAUUUACUGUCCUAGAUAUUCCUAUGAACUCUAAUCUCGAGAGGUCAUCACAUGAUCUUCACCAGUAUUCUUCCAAUGCUGGCAGACAAGGUCAGGGUCAUUUAGACCAACAGUUGACACGGUUGAGUGAAGUCAUGUCUCCGGUUAGUUCUGACCGUCUCUCUACAGUGUCGUCACUGGAAACUGAAAUGUCAAGGUCAAGGUCAUCUAGUCUGGAAAGUGAGGAUAAGAUAUCAAGGUUGUAUAAAAGGAAAAUGCUGGAAAGUACAAGGGAAGAAGAUGUGACAUCAUCAACAGACAACCAUGCUGUCGGUCAUAGUGACAUGAAGGCAGGCCAACAAAGAGAAGACAACUCUCACCUCCCCAGUCUCCAACCAUUACAGGACAGUAUAUCUAAAGCAGUGUACCAAUCUGAUGGUUUGAGUUCUGACAGGUCGUCCCCUCAUAAUAAACCAAAACAGAAAAGGCGUAGACGUCAAAAUAGCAACAAAGUCAUUCCACCAGAGCAGAAUUACCUCCCUUUGAUCCCUAAUUUAGGCAUUGACCCACAACAGAUGUACUUAUUACAGCUUCACCAGAUGCAGAUGGCAAUGGCUGCCUCAAUGGCCGCCGGUGCUCAGAUGUAUCCGUUUCCUGGCGGCAGGAUGAUGCCAACAGGAAACUUUGAUCCAUAUUCUCCUGAAAUUAGUCAUCGUCAAGAUCUCAACAGGUCAAGGUCACAGUCACCACAAGUAGCAAGGUCACAUGACAAUCACAGACAAGAAGGCUUGAUCUAUCCUCCAUCAGUUUCACCAAGAAACAAAAAAGAUGCAAGUCACUCUGGAUCACCUUCAUCAGCAAGUUUAGCUCCUUCAAAUCAUGUGACCUCGUCCCAUGAUGAAAUGAUGAGGUAUAUGUUAAUGAAACGGGAAAUGGCAAGUAACGAACAUAGCUGAUGUAUUUCAAACUGUCACUGUUCUCUCAUGUUACACGAUAUCGAUCAGCAUAAAAACAAGCUGUGAGUAGACAGCAAGCUUCAGAUACAGCUUGUCAUUUGAUAGUUUAUUGACAAGUGUACAUGUUAAGCUAUACCCAAUUCUUAUUUCAAUAUUGGGGAAACAUGGCAUUUAGUUGGGAUAUUUGUUAGUGAAAUUGUAAAAUACUGCAAAAAUAUCACAGUGAACUCUCCUACCCUGUGUUCAUACGAGAAUAGGCUAGAUGAUUAGUGACACAAAGUGUUAAGUAAAAAAUAAAUAAUCAGCCAAUUCACUUAUUAUUUCGGGGCAAAAUUUGACCAUACUGAUUUAUAUACAAAGGCUAUGUAUAUAUAUGACAACAAACCUGAAGAGCUUGCUCUCAAAGCAUGUGAAAGCGCUAGUGUGAAUUUCUGGUUUGU